CCACCACAAACUUCGUCAACCUUCUGUCCCAAACAGUGUCACGUCACCGCAUCCAGCAUUGUCCAGAGUAAAGCUGCGGAAAACCUCACAACAUGGACGACGACGUUUUAACCACUUUAAAAAUAUUAAUCAUCGGGGAGAGCGGCGUCGGAAAAUCCAGUUUGCUCCUGAGGUUUACAGAUGACACGUUCGAUCCAGAAUUAGCCGCAACAAUCGGUGUGGACUUUAAAGUGAAAACUAUAGCAGUAGAUGGCAACAGAGCCAAGCUUGCUAUAUGGGACACAGCCGGACAGGAAAGGUUCAGGACUCUGACGCCCAGCUACUACAGAGGUGCACAGGGAGUAAUACUGGUGUACGAUGUGACGAAGCGGGACUCGUUCACAAAGCUGGAGAACUGGCUCAAUGAGUUGGAGACGUACUGCACACGCAACGACCUCGUCAAAAUGCUCGUCGGCAACAAAAUCGACAAGGACAACCGUGAGGUGGACAGGAACGAGGGCCUGAAGUUUGCUCGUAAACACUCCAUGCUAUUCAUCGAGGCGAGCGCUAAGACCAGGGACGGCGUCCAGUGUGCCUUCGAGGAGCUGGUGGAGAAGAUCCUGCAGACCCCGGGCCUGUGGGAGAGCAGCGUCCAGAAUCACGGCGUUCAGCUCGGAGAGCAGCAGGCGCAGAGCUACAGCGCCUGUGGCGGAUACUGCUCCCUCAUCUAACUUCCACAAUUCCACCGGACUGAGACAUGAGAUGAAAAAAAAACAAACUGCGAUUUCCUGCUUCUGAAUGAGAGGCGAAGGUCGGCUCCGUCCCGGGCAGCCGGAGGACGUUCACACACCCUGUGUUUCCUUCCACUUCGAUUUCUGUAUGGUAUUUUAUCUAACUUAUCAUGAGCUGCAUUGAAUUACCGUUGCUGUCACUAUGUCAUUAUACUGAAGCAGAAGGACCGAUGCUGACAUCAUUCUCUCUCUCUAUGGUAUAGUUAUUACAAAUUAAAAACAGGGGCCAUUAAAGAAAGAGGGUGGGAUUAGUUUCUCUACUCCAGGGGUAAACUGUCCUAACUUUUCCAUCAAGUUCCACCCCGUGCUUCUUCUCCAAGCCUCUUUCCUCUAUCUAAUAUAAUAUAUUUCCUUAUUUUUGUAAUAAUUUCGAGUGUUGGCUGCUUUUAACCGGCACCAAACACCCUCCUGUUUGCUGUUUUUAUAAUCCAUCUCCUCGCUUAGCAUGAUCCUGCUAGCAUUUCUUGAGAAAUAUUCAUACUAAAAUAUAAGGAAUGGCUUUUCUGAGUUCUUAUUGUUCUCCCUUUAUCGUCUCUGGUGACUAAGCAGUGAUUUUACAUCCGUAGAACAUCUUACAGUGCAAUAACUCUCUUUAUUUUCAUUUAUGGACCACUGAUGUGUACAACUGUAGCACGUGAGUACUGGGUUUCUUGCCGUCCUGCUUACACAAACUACUCAAGCUUGAAAAGUUAGUCUUUUGAAAAGGUUUGGCUGUAUCCGAAUGGCUCGAUUUCAAUUGCUUUUUUUUUUUUUUUUUUUUUAACAACUCUCCUUAUUUUAGACUUUGUUAAGCCUCUAAUCGCUGUGUUAAACAUGACCGUCACUGUUGAUAAAUCACUAGAACUGGGUUUAAUAUCAGUAGUUUGUGUCCUGAUUAAUUUCAUUUACACUAUUCCUCAUCAGUGGAGAGCUAAACACACUUGGAGGGUACCAUUCCUUGUCGCUGCUGUGGUACCCUAAACCCUUUGUAUCUUUACUACAAAUCUUUCACCUCCAUGAAGAGCAGUCAGAAAGGUAAAUAUGUUCCUUAAAUCCUUUUAAAGGUGCACUAUGUCAACAUUUCCAGACUAAAAUUACAUAUUAAAGGUUCAAACUCUAAGAGUACCACCUCAGCGAUAAGUAUCAUUAACACCUUUUUAUCCGAGAGUGUAUAUCUGAGAGCGUAUAUUAAACCUGAUAUUAUUUUAAAGCAGGUAUUAGUACUUUCUCGAUGGGAGAAGUACGGCCUUCAUCUGAAAAUCAAUAAAUCCGACUGUUCGAAUCCAUUUUUAAAGGGGCUAUAUGUAAAAGUCAUGUUAAAAGCAUGUUAUGAGGCUGUAGCCUCCUGCUUUUCCUGAUAUCACCCGAACAUCCUGCAAGCAAAUAAAGAGCAUGUGCAGUCGUCGUUUCCUGUUUGCACCGACACAUCUGCUGUAUUCUGAUGAGCUGAAACUUUUGAAAUACUGAAAUGAGCAAGAAUUUGUGGGGUGAAUAUAAGAGAGGAUGGGUUCAGUCAAAUGUGUGAGCGGGUACCAGUACUGUGAAAUCUGAAACAGAUAUGUGUUUAACGUGCUACAUCCAGGUAUAAUGUGUCACGUGAAGUUUAAAACAGCAUUCGCUGACUUUUAAAAGGUUAAUAAACCCACCUGGCAUUAAUCAGGCGUGAGUUUAGCACUUUCCUUGAUAUACCUUGAAAAUUAUUCACAUAAUUGUAUCAUAAAUUUCUGGAUAAAAGCAUCAGACAAAAGAAUAAACAUCUUUUGUACAGAUUGAUGGAAAUUCCAGCAAUUAACCAAUUGAUCGUGUCUUUCGCAUACAGCUCCUUUGUGUGUGUUGAUCUCACAAGCGGUUUAUCGAGCCGUCGAAGAUCCUCGCUGCUCCGAUUUGCUUGACUCUAGAGGAUGUCGCUGUCUGGAUUGCAUUCUGUACUACGUUAGGAUUGGAUUGGAAGUGUGUCAGAGAACAUCAGUACUGUUUUCUUUUGCAAUAAAAUUUCACUUAUAAUCCAA